UCACCGCCGCCUCCUCCUCCCCGCGCCGCCUCUCCCUCGACUUCGUCCCCGACCUCUCCCACUUCGUCCUCCUCUACUCCCACCUCGGGCUCCUCCUCCUCCGCCACCGCGAACGCCACGACGCCUUCCUCGUCUGCGACCCCGUCUCCCGCCGCCACGUGCUGUUCCACCCGCCGCCGGUGGACGAGUACUCCAGUGGCGGGAUAUUCAGCGCCGCGCUCCUCUCCCGCGACGACGCGGCGGCGGGGGACCCCGGCGGCGACGGCGGGGGGCUGCGGUUCGGGGCCGUCUGCGUCGCCGUCAACCUCGGCCGCCCGUGCGCCUGGGUCGGCACGUACCGCGACGGCGAGUGCCUUUGGAUCUCGCGAGGUCGCCAUCGAGUUCGACCCCGACUUGCUGGAGUGCCUCACCGUGCGCGCCGCGGGGAGCCUGUACUGGCACAUCCGCAACAACUCCUGGACGCUCGCGCUGGACACCGCCACGCUGCAGUUCUCCUUCCUGCGGGCGCCGGCGGCGAUGUGGGACUCGACCUCCCACCACAGGUACCGCGUCGGGGAGAUGCCGGCGUCGGACGGGCGGCUGUGCGUCGCCUCGCUGGAGCCGCCGGGGCUGCUGGAGCUCUGGGUGCGGGGGAGCGGCGAAUGCAGCGACCACGGGUGGGUGAUGGAGAGGCGCGUGCGCAUGCUGGAGGUGCUCGACGCGGUUCCAUGGCUGCCAAGAAACGUCCUGCUCCGGCACUUGGUCCUCUGGCUGAGCGACAUCGACGCUGGCCGCACCGGCAAGGUGUUCAUCGCCACCGCUGGAUUCGGGCGCUUCUCGUACCAUCUGGACACCGGCGAGAUGGAGUGCUUGGCAACAGAAGACGGCAUGGAGUACGGCCAACCCAUAUUCCCCUACAUCUCGGCUACAGCCGAUGGCUGAAUUUUUCAGGGUGGUGGAUUGGUGGUAGGAGGUAACAGCACAGGUUCCUUUUUGGGGGUCUACAGUCAGCUCAGAUACUUGAAUUUGUGGAUAGCUAUAGUUCAGAAGCUAGGAACCUCUAAUUUUGUGUGUCAAGAUGACAACGUCUAGGUGGGGUUUCAACUUACUUAGGGAAACAUACUCUGGACCAUGUGAUACUCCGAAUACACCAAACUAUAUUCGGUAAUUUACUCAUGUCCUUAACAAGGAUAGUUUGACAGCAAUCUAUGGUUCUAUCUGGAGGAUUUAACCCCCAAACUAUGUUAUGCAUGAUGGGAGUGCUUGUUAUCUAUCCGUUGUACUCCGAUGAUUCUGAUAA